GAGAAAAUGCUAUGAAGCAUCGAAAAUCUAUAUAUAUUCGAGUCGGAUUUCAGCAGCAGAAUUCGGACAAUGAUGCAAACUGGACAGAAACUCCAAGGGCCUGGGGCCGGGGGCGACUAGAGUUUCACACUUGUCACUGCCCAAAAGUGCCGCAGUAAACCUUCAGCAGCAAACCUACCCUAUUCCCAUCUCCGCCCGAAAACGACGAACACACACUACGACAUACUUGCCGAGCCUAAUCCCGAUUAUCACUUUUCCCACCAGCAUAUUUAACCCCUUAAUCAAAAUGCUUCCAGUUUCCAAACCCUACUUGCAUUAGAAGUCUGCUCUUGUUUUGUUAAUUAAGAACAUAAAAGGUUCCUUAAGAAUUUGUCUGAGGAUUGUUGGUUCACUUGCCCACUAUUUUUGGAGUGGUUGUCUGACUCGUCUGGAUUUUUGUACUAUCACAGAUCUGAGUUUCUUUUACUGAACUUUCGAUUCUGAAUUGAACAGUUGAUUUUCAUGUGCGAGCUGCUUGAUUCGGGACCGUUAAACAUGUUAGCAUCUCAAUUGGGUUUGUACAAAUCAUAUUAGAGUUUGGAUCUUUUAUCGUAAUUGGGAUCUUUUGCUCUUCCUUUUUUUUUCCUUUUGUGGGUUUGAAUUCCUUUUUAUGGUUAAUUAUUAAACCUGGGCUCUUUUCAAUUGUGGGAUUGAGGUUUUGGACUUAUAUCUUUAGUCUCAACUGUAUUGGUGGUAAUUUAAAAGAAAAAAUGUCUUUUAGAAGUAUACUUCAGGACAUGAGGGGCGAAUUUGGGAGCAUUUCUAGAAAAGGGUUUGAGAUGAGGCUUCCAAAUGGGUUGAGAUCAAGGUCACAGAGGGUGGUUCAGGAUAGUUGUUUCGUGCCCAUAGAUGCUUUGAAGCAAAGUUGUUGGGCUUACAUGCCACCAGAGCUGUUGAGAGAUGUGUUGGUGAGGAUCGAAGAAUCUGAGAGUACCUGGCCCCCCAGAAAGAAUGUGGUUGCUUGUGCUGGAGUUUGUAGGAGUUGGAGGGACAUAAUGAAGGAAAUUGUGAAGACGCCAAAAAUUUCUGGACAGUUGACUUUCCCCAUCUCCCUCAAGCAGCCGGGUCCAAGAGGUCCACUGAUCCAGUGUUUCAUAAAAAGGAAUCGCAGCAACCAAACGUAUCAUCUUUAUCUCAGUUUAAAUCAAGCUUCAAAUGAUGAUGGUAAGUUUCUUCUUGCUGCACGGAGAUGUAGGCGCCCAACUUGUACAGAUUACAUCAUCUCUCUAAAUGCUGAAGAUGUCUCAAAGGGUAGCAGUACUUACAUUGGAAAGCUCAGGUCAAACUUUCUUGGGACCAAAUUCACAAUCUAUGAUGCACAGCCUCCAAGCACUGGAGGUAGGGUGACUAAAUUUCGUUCCACAAAGCUAGUUGGAAUGAAACAAGUCUCUCCUAGAGUUCCUGCUGGGAACUUUCCUGUAGCCCACAUAUCUUAUGAGUUAAAUGUCCUGGGUUCGAGGGGACCAAGGAGAAUGCACUGUGCUAUGGAUGCAAUCCCUGCUUCUGCUAUUGAACCAGAUGGUGUUGCCCCUACACAAACUGAGUUUCUUCCUGGUGUUAGUGAUUCCUUUCCUUCCCUCCCUUUCUUCAGAUCAAAGUCGUCUUCUCGCACGGAUAUUUUUCAUGCCAGACCCAUGUCAACUGAUAAGGAUGAUAUGUUAGUGUUGAAAAACAAAGCUCCCAGGUGGCACGAGCAACUUCAGUGCUGGUGUCUCAACUUUAAUGGACGGGUAACGGUGGCGUCAGUGAAGAACUUUCAGCUGGUAGCUUCGGUGGAUAGUGGGGUUGGUGGACAAGAACAGGAUGAUGUAAUUCUCCAAUUUGGAAAAGUGGGAAAAGAUGUAUUCACCAUGGACUACAAAUAUCCAAUAUCUGCAUUCCAGGCUUUUGCUAUAUGCCUCAGCAGCUUCGACACCAAAAUUGCUUGCGAAUGACAGGUGAUGCUGAAAAAGGUAACAUUGUUGGAGGCCAUUAGAUAGGCUACUGACGUCUGUGUGAACUGCACUACAGCAGCGUUGCAGUUAUAAGUGGCAUUUAUUCAUGUACAUAGAAACCGCUGGUCUUGUUGGAAGAAUUGGUCUGGCCUUUCUGGUUGUGCUGCGACCAACUUCUCCUCCUUUGACAAGUGGUUGUGUGACUCCUCUCUGUUUGCUUCGUGACCCGAUUCUGCUUCCGCUUAUGUUGGACGCCUGAACUAUUGGAUGGGCCGUGGUAGAUGAUAGCUGUUUUAUUUGCUUUCCUGUUUGCUUGGCUUGAAUGCCUGGUAGGCCACCACUUUUUCAAGGCGUCGGGUGGAUGAACGCUUUCAAUUAUUUUAUUUUGAAGUUAAUAGUUUUGUUCAAAAAGUAGAGCCUUUUCCGCUUAAAAUGUUUUCCUCUUGACAAUCCAUUUUAAUUUCCUGUGAUUAUGCAUUUUAAGAUGAGAAAUCAGGAAGAGGCGGAUGGUUGGAUGUC